AUGGUGCUCCGCAAGAUGGCGGGAUGUUUUGACGAUGAUGGCUGCGACUGUGAUGGCAACGGCGACGAUUGCGACGGCGACGGUUGCGAUUACGACGACGGUUGCGAUUACGACGACGGUUGCGAUUACGACGACGACGAUUGCGAUUACAAUGGCGGUGAUUGCGAUUACAACGGCGGUGGUUGCGAUUGCGAUGGCGACGGUUGCAAUUGCGACGGCGACGGUUGCGGCUGCGACGACGACGGUUGCGACUGCGAUGGAUGUGAUGAUGGCAGAGGAGAAAUCUACAGUAAUGUUACAGUGAUGCUACUACAACAAAGGAGGAAGCUGCAGCAAAAGAGUUUUGACGAUGAUGGCUGCGACUGUGAUGGCAACGGCGACGAUUGCGACGGCGACGGUUGCGAUUACGACGACGGUUGCGAUUACGACGACGGUUGCGAUUACGACGACGACGAUUGCGAUUACAAUGGCGGUGAUUGCGAUUACAACGGCGGUGGUUGCGAUUGCGAUGGCGACGGUUGCAAUUGCGACGGCGACGGUUGCGGCUGCGACGACGACGGUUGCGACUGCGAUGGAUGUGAUGAUGGCAGAGGAGAAAUCUACAGUAAUGUUACAGUGAUGCUACUACAACAAAGGAGGAAGCUGCAGCAAAAGAGGUAG